AAACCCAAAUCGCUGCAGAUAAUGAGUCUACACAACAGCAGUGUGAAGACUGAAUUCCUUCUGCUGGGAUUUAGUGACCAUCCCGAGCUCCAGAGUCUCCUCUUCGCUGUGUUUUUCUCCAUCUACUCUGUUACUCUCAUGUGGAAUCUGGGGAUGAUUUUAUUGAUCACACUCAGCUCCAACCUGCACACCCCCAUGUACUUCUUCCUCUGCAUGUUGUCCUUCGUAGAUGCCUGUUACUCCUCUGUCAUUGCCCCCAAAUUACUUGUGGACUUAUUUUCUGACAAGAAAUCAAUUUCUUACAAUGGCUGUGCUGCCCAGCUGUAUUUCUUCUGCUCUCUAGUUGACUCGGAAUCUUUCCUCCUAGCUGUCAUGGCAUAUGACAGGUACAUUGCAAUCUGUAACCCACUGCUUUAUACAGUAAUUAUGUCCAAGAGAGUCUGUAGUCAGCUUGCAGUUGGAGCAUUCCUUGGGGGGACUAUGAGUGCAAUUAUUCAUACCACUAAUACUUUCCACUUAUCAUUCUGCUCCAAAGAAAUCAACCAUUUCUUUUGUGAUAUCUCUCCGCUCUUCUCUCUUUCCUGUUAUGAUACUUAUAUUCAUGACAUCAUCCUGGUGGUCUUUGCUAGUUUGGUGGAAGCUGUCUGUCUUCUUGCAGUGCUGGUCUCUUAUGUCUGUAUCAUAGCAGCCAUUCUUAAAACAGGCUCUACAGAGGGAAGAAAGAAAGGGUUCUCCACUUGUGCCUCGCACCUGACUGUGGUCACUAUUUACCAUGGUACCCUGAUUUUCAUUUACUUGCGCCCCAGUGCAGGACAUUCAAUGGACAUUGACAAGAUCACCUCUGUCUUCUACACAUUGAUUAUACCCAUGUUGAACCCCCUAAUAUAUAGUCUUAGGAACAAAGAUGUCAAAAAUGCUUUCAGAAAAAUGAUUAGCUCAAAAUUAUUGCUUUAG